CCGCCCGCGCCCGCGCAGCUGGUGCAGAAGGCGCACGAGCUGAUGUGGUAUGUGCUGGUGAAGGACCAGAAGCGGAUGGUGAUCUGGUUCCCCGACAUGGUCAAGGAUGUCAUCGGCAGCUACAAGAAGUGGUGCCGAAGCAUCCUCAGGCGCACCAGCCUCAUCCUGGCCAGGGUCUUCGGGCUGCACCUGAGACUGACCAAUCUCCACACCAUGGAGUUUGCGUUGGUCAAGGCUCUCAGCCCCGAGGAUCUGGAGCGGGUGGCGCUGAAUAACCGCAUGCCCAUGAUGGGCCUGCUGCUCAUGAUCCUGAGUCUCAUUUAUGUCAAGGGUCGGGGGGCCAGGGAGAGCGCCGUGUGGAACGUGCUGCGCAUCCUGGGGCUGCGGCCCUGGAAGAAGCACCCCACCUUCGGAGACGUCCGCAAGCUCAUCACCGAGGAGUUCGUGCAGCAGAACUACCUGAAGUACCAGCGCAUCCCCUACGUCGAGCCGCCCGAGUACGAGUUCUACUGGGGCUCCCGGGCCAACCGUGAAAUCACCAAGAUGCAGAUCAUGGAGUUCCUGGCCAGGGUCUUCAAGAAAGACCCCCAGGCCUGGCCCUCCAGAUACAGGGAGGCUCUGGAGGAGGCCAGAGCUCGGCGGGAGGCGCAUCCCGAUGCCCACGGCCCCCGCAACAGCGUCUCUGAGGAGUAAAUGAGGAGGAGAGGGGGGGGGAAGGGGCAGGUGGGGUACUUGGAGGCAGAAUCGUUUCUGACCGUCCACAUUGCUUCUGGAAAGGGGGUGGGUGGGGCUCGGGUCAUUUAGAGUAUUCAGGAUUUCCAGUGCAGUAUUCCCAGUGUUAAACCUCUUCCGUUUUCAGUCACAGUGCUCUUUCUACAUCUUCAUGCCAAUGUUGUAUUCACGUGGGUAUACUCUUUUGAGUAGUAGUGUUGUAGAAUGUAUGCAUGUUUGUUUCCUAAAGUGAGCUCUGUUGGGUGCUUUUGCUUUUUGUGAUUUUCUUUCUCUUUUUUUUUUUUUUUGUACCAGAGACGUGCUAAAGUUAUGAAAUACAUUGAAGGGGGGAAAAUAUCUUUUUUUCCAUCCUGUUCUUUUCCAUGGGACCCAUGAUGUGUAUUAAGGUAGACUUGAUCCUGGAGAGUAUGGAAGGGUUCACCACAGCUGGGCCUGACCAAGCCAAAAGUCAAGGCCCUCCCUCCUCUGUGACUCAUUGGGCACCAGAAACAUCCUCGCCGAAGUGAACUGGACUGAUUGGAACUGAACUGAUUGGAACUGGAAUGGUUGGGAACGGUCCCAGUUGAGAGCACUUAGCACACUUUAACUAAAAACACAUAUAUACCACCCCAUCAUGAAUAAAGUUUAACUAUUAAAGAUUCUCGUGAUGCAAGCA